CCCCGGCCGGGCCCCACCGAGCGGACGGGACCAGGCCCCGCCGGGCUCCCGGGGCCUCCGCGGCUCCCUCGUCACCCUGGGCGCUUCAUCGCUCCGUCCCUGUGGCUCAGCUCCGCUCUGGGGCUCCCUGAGGCUCUGGCUGCCUUUGGAGGCCCUCUCAAGGCCCUCCCUGCGCAGGAUCCCUGCUUGCAUUUGGGCCGUGCUGAAGUUCCCAUUCCCUUUGGGAUCUUCUGGGACUCCCUGAGGUUCUUGAUCCCUUUUGAGUCAUUCCCAAGGCCCACACAGUCUUCUUGGGCUCUGGAGGGUCCCCACUCCCUUUUGGGGUCCUCCAUCUGAGACCCCAUUUCCUUUUGGGGCUCCCAGAGGUUCUGAGUCUGUUUCAGCAUCCUCCCUCUCCAGGGUCUCUGUUCACAUUUGGUCUCCUUGAGGCUCCCGUUCCUUUUUUCCUUUUCCUUCAUCCCUGAAACCCUCUCCUUGGAUCUCCCUGAGAUCCCCACUCCCUUUUGGGGUCCUCUCAGAGGCUCCCACUCUCCUUCGGAACUCUCUCUUCCUCCCUGAGGCCGCUGUUUCCCUUCAGCCCUCCAUCCCCACUGCAGCUCUCCACCCCUGAGUCCCCCCUCCUUUUGGGGCUCCCUUGGGGACCCUCCCUCUGGAGCUCCGCAGUCCUUCCCCUCGGUGCCACCAUGGAGAUCAAGUACGAGUACUCGCGGAAGCGCAGCGACUUCGGCCGGCCCUGCAGCUUCUCAGACCUUCUGGCCGAGGUGACCGUGGACAUCCUGCCCGACCCCAGCCUGGCUGACGACUUCAUCCCCCAGGACCCCGUGCACUUCGGGGUGCAGGAGGGCCCUGUCAUGGCCUUGGACGAGGUGAACACGCAGCGGGCAGAGGUGUCCAGCCGCGGUGUGAACCACGUGGAGGGCGGCUGGCCCAAGCACGUCGACCCCAAGAACUCGGAGCUGACGUCCCGCUACCGGGAGGAGGUGGAGAGGGAAGAGAUCUACACCAAGACCGUGCAGCGCCUCGGCGUCGUGAUGGAGCACUACAUCAGGCAGAACAACACCAUCGACAUCUACGAGGAAUAUUUUGAGGAGGAAGAGGAGGAAGAGGAGGAGGAGGAGCAUCCCUCAGCCAAAACAAUUAAUGUUGUCAGGGACCCCAACAGGCCCAGGAGGAUGGCCACGCACGUCUCCUGGCACCCCGACGGCAACCGCGCCAUGGCCGUGGCUUACUGCAGCCUGGACUUCCAGGACAGCAGGAAGGACUUGAGCUUUGAUUCCUACAUCUGGGAUCUGGAAAAACCCUACACCCCAGAGCUCACCCUCAAGCCCUCGUCCCCUGUGGUGACCCUGGAGUACAAUUCCAAGGACUGGCAUCACGUGCUGGGAGGCUGCUACAACGGGCAGAUAGUGUAUUGGGACACCAGGAAAGGGGGGCUGCCCAUGGAGAUGACCCCUGUGGAGUUCAGCCACAGGGACCCCGUGUACGGAGCGUGCUGGCUGCCCUCCCGAACGGGCACCGAGUGCUUCUCAGGCUCCACCGACGGGCAGGUCCUGUGGUGGGACAUCCGCAAGAUGUCACAGCCCAGCGAGAGACUGGUCUUGGACAUCACCCGGCAAGACCAGCUGAAGCAGGCUCUGGGUGCCAUCUCCCUGGACUUUGCACCCAUCCUGCCCACCAAGUUCCUGGUGGGCACAGAGCAGGGCAUCAUCAUCUCCUGCAACCGCGACGCCAAGACACCGCCUGAGAAAAUCGCCAACAUCUUCAGGAGCCACAUCGGGGCUGUCUACAGGGUGACCAGGAACCCCUUCUUCCCCAAAGUCUUCCUGUCAGUCGGUGACUGGACUGCUCGGAUCUGGACGGAGGAGCUGAUGGAUUCAUCAUCAAUUAUGGAGACCAAGUACCACACCUCCUACCUGCUGGACGUGUGCUGGAGCCCCGUGAAGCCGGCCGUGUUCUUCACCGCCAGGUCGGACGGGACCCUGGACAUCUGGGACUUCCUCUUCCACCAGAAGGAACCUUCCCUCAGCCUCAGGGUGUCCAACGACCCCCUGCUCAGCCUGUGUUCGCAGGACAACGGGCGCAUCAUCGCCUUUGGCACCCGGCAGGGCACCGUGUCCCUCCUGGAGAUCUCCCCAGGGCUCUGCACCCUCCGCAAGAACGAGAAGACCCUGUCCUCUGCAAUGUUCGAGCGGGAGGCCAGGCGGGAGAAGGUCCUGCAGGACAAGUAUCGGGAGCGGCUGCUGCGGGAGCAGGAGCGGCUGCGGGUCCAGCCAGAGGAGCAGGAGGAUCCCCAGGAGGUGUUCAAGCAGGCCCAAGCAGAUUUCCUGUCCAGCAUCAAGGCAGAGCGGCAGAGGAGGGGCCUGGAAGUGGCCGGAGAGGGUGAAGAGGGGCAGGCAGCUGCACAGGAGGGAAGCAAGGAGAAAGAGUAGGAGGAUGCCAAGGUCAGUGUGCUCCAGCUGCACCUUCCUUUCCCCUCCAUGCCAGAGCUGCUGCAGGGACCAGGCCAGGCAGCUCUCCUGGGCUCUCUGCCCUCCUCGGGUGGCAAGUGGGGGACCCUGUACAGCCCCCUGACCCCACAGCUGCUCCCUGGCCUUUGCAUCCUUAUUUUCUUUGGCGUGAAUAAACUGGUGCUUUCCACAUCA